AUGCAGCCCAUAGAUUCUAAUACGUGCAGCGAUCAAACAGAUGACGAUUAUGAUGACGAUGACGAUGAUGACGAUGAUGAUAACGAUGAUGAUGACGAUGAUGAUGACGAUGAUGAUGACGAUGACGAUGAUGAUUAUGAGGAUGACGAUGAUGAUGAGGAUGACAAUGAUGAUGACGAUGACGAUGACGAUGAUGACGAUGAUGAUGACGAUGACGAUGGUGAUGAGGAUGACCAUGACGAUAGCGAUGACGAUAAUGAUGAAGAUGACGAUGAUGAUGACGAAGACGAUGAGAAUGAUGAUGAUGAUGACGACGAAGAGGACGAUGACGAUGACGAUGAUAAUGUCGAUGACGAUCACGAUGACAAUGAUGAUGACGAUGACGACGAUGAUGACGAUGACGAUGAUGAUGAUAAUGACAGUGACGAUAAUGGUGACCAUUACGACAAUUACGAUGACCAUAAAUAUCACGAUGACUAUGAAAAUGACGAUGACGAUGUCAAUUACGACUAUGACGUUGACGAUAAUGAUGAUGAUGACGAUGAUGAUGACAAUGACGAUGACGAUGACGACGAUGAUGAUGACGAUGAGGAUGACCAUGACGAUGACGAUGACGAUGAUGAUGACGACGAAGAUAAUGAUGAGGAUGACGAUGAUAAUGAGGAUGACGAUGAUGAUGAUGAUGACGAUGACGAUGAUGAUUAUGAGGAUGACGAUGAUGAUGACGAUAACGAUAACGAUGACGAUGAUGACAACGAUGACGAUGAUGACAACGAUGACGAUGAUGACAACGAUGACGAUGAUGACGAGGAUGACGAUGAUGAUGAUGAUGAGGAUGACGAUGACGAUAAUGAUGAGGAUGACAAUGACGAUGGCGAUGACGAUAGUAAUGACGGUGACGAUAAUGAAGAGGAUGACGAUGAUGAUGACGAAUAUGAUGAUGACGACGAUGAAGAUUACGAUGACGAUGAUGACAACGAUGACGAUGAUGACGAGGAUGACCAUGACGAUGACGACGAUGAUGAUGACGACGAUGACGACGAUGAUGAUGAGUAUGACAACGAUGAUGACGAUGACGAUGAUGAUGAUGACGAUGAUGAUGAUGACAAUGACGAUGACGAUGACGACGAUGAUGAUAACGACGAUGAUUACGAUGACGAUGGUGAUGAGGAUGACGAUGACGAUGACAAUGACGGUGAUAAUGAUGACGAUGAUGACGAUGACGAUAAUGAUGAUGAUGACGAUGAUGAUGACGAUGACGAUGACGAUGACAAAAAUUAUGACGAUGACGACGAGGGCGACGAUAACAACGAGGAUGACGAUGACGAUGACGAUGACGAUGACGAUGACGAUGACGAUGACGAUGACGAUGACGAUGACGAUGACGAUGACGAUGACGAUGACGAUGACAAUGACGAUGAUGAUGACGAUGAAAUAAUGAUGGGCGACGAUAACGACGAGGAUGACGAUGACGAUGAUGAGGAGGAUGACGAUGAUGAUGCGGAUGACGAUGCUGAUAACGAUGACGAUGACUAUGAUGACGAUGAUGAUGACGAUGAUAAUGACGAUGACGAUGAUGACGAUGACGUUGACGAUGAUAAUGUCGAUGACGAUGAUGAUGUGGAUGACCAUGACGAUAGCGAUGACGAUAAUGAUGAGGAUGACGAUAAUGGUGACCAUGACAAUUACGAUGACCGUAAAUAUCACGAUGACUAUGACGAUGAAGAUAAUGAUGACGAUGACGAUGAUGAUGACAAUGACGAUGACGACGAUGAUGACGAUGAUGAUCAGUAUGACGACGAUGAUGACGAUGACGAUGAUGAUGAUGACUAUGAUGAUGACAAUGACGAUGACGAUGACGACGACGAUGAUUAUGAUGACGAUGGUGAUGAGGAUGACGAUGACGAUGACGAUAACGGUGAAAAUGAUGAUGAAGAUGACGAUGACGAUGAUAAUGACGGUGACGAUGGUAGUGACCAUGACCGUAAUUAUCACGAUGACUAUGACGAUGACUAUGAUGAUGACGAUGACGAUGACGAUGAUGAUGACGAUGAAGAUAAUGAUGAUGAUGACGAUUAUGAUGACGAUGAUGAUAACGAUGAAGAUAAUGAUGACGAUGACGAUGAUGAUGACGAUGACGAUGAUGAUGAUGAUGAUGACGAUAAUGAUGACGAUGACGAUGAUGAUGACAAUGACGAUGACGACGAUGAUGAUGACGACGAUGAUGACGAUGAUGAUCAGUAUGACGACGAUGAUGACGAUGACGAUGAUUUUGAUGACUAUGAUGAUGACGAUGACGAUGACGAUGACGACGAUGAUGAUUACGAUGACGAUGGUGAUGAGGAUGACGAUGACGAUGACGAUGAAAAUGAUGAUGAAGAUGACGAUGACGAUGAUAAUGACGGUGACGAUGGUAGUGACCAUGACCGUAAUUAUCACGAUGACUAUGACGAUGACUAUGAUGAUGACGAUGACGAUGACGAUGAUGAUGACGAUGAAGAUAAUGAUGAUGAUGACGAUUAUGAUGACGAUGAUGAUAACGAUGAAGAUAAUGAUGAUGAUGACGAUGAUGAUGACGAUGACGAUGAUGAGGAGGAUGACGAUGAUGAUGAUGAUGACGAUGAUGAUGACGAUGAAGAUGACGAUGAUGACGAUGAUUAUGACGACGAUGAUUACGAUGAUGAUGAGGAUGACGAUGAUGAUGACGAUGACGAUGACGAUAAUGAUGAUGAUGACGAUGACAAUGACUAUGACGAUGACGACGAUGAUGAUGUCGACGAUGAUGACGAUGAUGAUGAUGAUGAGGAUGACGAUGACGAUAAUGAUGAGGAUGACAAUGACGAUGGCGAUGACGAUAAUAAUGACGGUGACGAUAAUGAAGAGGAUGACGAUGAUGAUGACGAAAAUCGAUAG